ACGUACCUCGAUGUUACACAAUUUCGGCAAAUUUCACAUCUGUGCAAUUAUACAUAUAUGUACGUACAUAGCUCUACAUCAUUUAAUGAUAAGAAACUAUAAAUAGAUAUUGAAUUCUAGCGAGUGUUGUUUAAACUUUCAAUAAAUAAAGAUGGGAGAGGAUAAGCCUGUAGAAUCACCUGUAGGAGGAGAUGAAAUUUCGAAGAAGGCCCUCAAAAAGCAACAGAAAGAGGCUGAGAAAGCAGCCAAGAAAGCAGAAUGUAAAGCUCAAGCUCAAGCACAGCAAGACUCAAGUCAAGAAGAAGAUGUUUCAGGGGACAAAUAUGGAGAGACAGGAUUAAUACAAAGUAAAGAGAAACAUGCAGAGAGAAAAUUUACUGAUAUCAAAAAUUUGUCUCCAGCAUUAGAAAAUCAAACUGUAUGGUUAAGAGGACGUUUACAUACUAGUCGUGCUAAAGGUAAACAGUGCUUUAUUGUUUUGAGACAACAAUCGUACACAGUGCAAGGAUUAGCAGCAGUAAAUGAAAAAACUAGCAAACAAAUGAUUAAGUUUAUAUCAAACAUUACCAAAGAAUCCAUUGUGGAUACAGAGGCAGUAGUCAAAUGUGUACCUUCCAAAAUUGAGUCCUGCACACAAAAAGAUGUGGAGGUUCACAUUGAAAAAAUAUUUGUGGUAAGUGCUGCUAAGCCACAAUUACCUUUACAAAUUGAGGAUGCUUCAAGGCCUAUGGGAGAAGGAGAUGAUAAUGCUCUCAACAUAAAAGUCAAUCAAGAUACUAGAUUAGACAACAGAAUUUUGGAUUUAAGAACUCCAGCUAAUCAAGCUAUAUACAGGGUUGAAGCAGGAGUGUGUAAAUUAUUCAGAGAUAUUCUUACAAAUAAAGGUUUUGUUGAAAUCCAUACACCGAAAAUUAUAUCUGCUGCAAGUGAAGGUGGUGCAAAUGUAUUCACAGUAUCAUACUUUAAAGGAAGUGCUUAUCUAGCUCAAUCUCCACAGCUUUACAAACAAAUGGCUAUUGCUGCUGAUUUUGACAAAGUUUUUACUAUCGGUGCAGUUUUUAGAGCUGAAGAUUCUAAUACACACAGACACUUGACGGAAUUCGUUGGUCUCGAUUUGGAAAUGGCAUUUAAAUAUCAUUAUCACGAAGUUAUGGAGACUAUUGGACAAAUGUUCACCGAAAUGUUUAAAGGUCUCCGUGAUAAUUAUGCUGCCGACAUUGAAGCCGUACGUCAACAAUACAACGUGGAACCUUUCAAAUUCUUAGAUCCGGCUCUGAAAUUAGAAUUUAGUGAUGCUAUUGAAUUACUAGCAGAAGCUGGAGUAACCUUAGGCGAGGAAGAUGAUUUAUCUACACCCGAUGAGAAAUUGUUAGGCAAACUUGUAAAGGCAAAGUACGACACUGAUUUCUAUAUAUUGGACAAGUACCCAUUAGCAGUGAGACCUUUCUACACAAUGCCAGACUCAAGUAAUCCCAAAAUAUCGAACUCUUACGACAUGUUUAUGCGAGGUGAGGAAAUUAUUUCCGGUGCACAACGUAUUCAUGAUCCCGAACUUCUCAUUGAACGCGCCAAACAUCAUGGAAUUGAUAUAGAAAAGAUCAAGUCCUACAUUGACGCGUUUAGAUAUGGUUGUCCUCCACAUGCUGGCGGUGGAAUCGGUAUGGAGCGUGUUGUAAUGCUAUACCUUGGCUUGGAUAAUAUCAGAAAAGUGUCGAUGUUUCCCCGUGAUCCCAAACGUCUGACGCCAUAAGUUUUAAGAUUUUCAUUUUUCCACAAUUUUAUAUGUAUUGAAACGUAUCAUGCAGAAGUAAUUAGUAAAUGUUAUCGCUAAUUACUUUACAGUAGAAGGAAAAUAAUAAAUAAAACACUUUAAAUCAUCGA